AUGUCGCACACGGCCCUCCGCAGUCUCUGGAAGACCGUGCACAGCCCGGCAGUGAUAGCGAAGUACACGAUGCCAGACGACCUCUGGGUCAUAACCAAAUCGGAGCCCUCCUCAGAAGACUCUGACUCCGACUCAGAAAGCGAUGAGCUGACCCCCACGCGACCCAUAGUCGAAGAGGACCUCAAGCGGUUCAACCUCUACGCACCCCUCGUUCGGCGAAUGAACUUCGGCUGGGGUGGCGACUUCGCGCUCUGCGAUGAUGGCCACACCGCGCUGAUUGCCGCCUGUCGCGCACCGGUCUUUCCCAACCUGACUCACAUGGGCUGGAGCGUGGACUGCGUGGGCCUCGUCUUCAGCCAACAUUUUGUAUGCCCGUCCAUCACGAGCAUGCACAUCCUGGCGGAGGCGCCGCUGACGAUGGGCGACGUGGCUAUCCUGCGUAACAUCCAACGGCAGUGCCCCGCGGUCACGCAGCUUCGGGUCCAGAUGGAUGAUGCGUCGGACGCACUUGCGAACGUGCUCUCGGAGACCAUCUGCGGCUGGGACCUGCGCGCGCUCAAGACCACACACCUAUCCCAGAAAGGCCUCGCUCGUCUCGCUAGCUCCCCCAACCUCGAGGAACUGGAGGCCUCCAACGACGAGGACCAAUGCCACAUAUCGCAGCCCGUCGACUUUACCCCCAGAUCCUUCGCAACACUCACUUCCUUCGCGCUCGGGCUGCCCAUCUCGUUCGCCGCUUGCAUCGACAUGCUCCGAAGCGCGUCCUUCGCGCACCUGCGCACGCUCGCGCUCUUUGGCCUCACGCCCGAGCCCGCGCUGUGGGGUGCUUUGUUCACCGCGAUUCGCGCCGCGCACACCCGCCCGCACCUGCUGCGCCGGCUCAUUCUGAAGGAUCACAUCCUCGACUCUGACCUCGCGCCCAAGGGCCCGGAGCCCGAGGACGCGAGCGAGUCGCGCUUCGCGCCGCUCUGCGAGUUCUCAAACUUGGAGGAGGUGCACUUGAACGCGCAGGAGGGAUUCCGGCUCAGCACGAAUAUUAUACAGGGCAUGGCGCAGGCGUGGCCAGAGUUGCGCGAGCUGCGUAUUGUGCACCGCGACUGCCUAGACGAGCCGCAAUUGCCGCUGAGCGCGCUCGCGCACCUUGCCAUUCACUGCGCGCGCCUCGAGAUUCUCGAGAUCGACGUGGAUGCGACGGGCAAUUGUGUCCCGCACGACGGGCCCCUGCCGACCGCGCCACAGGGCGAAGACACCUCACAUGGCGCACCCAGUCCACAGGGUGCAUCGCAAACCCAGGACGCACCCAAUCCACACAGCGCACCCAAACCCCGACCCCGCCCCCAGACCGCCCUGCACACCCUCCAGCUGAACUGGUCCCCAAUCAGAAGCGCGCGACCCGUGGCAGCCUACCUCUCGAUGCUCUUCCUCGAUAUCAGGACCUUGCUCUCCGUGUGCAGGGACGAGGUUGCGCUGAGCACAGUGCCGGAACCCAGGUGGCAGAAGGUGGCGCACUUGCUUCCGGCGUUCAAUGCGGUUAGGGAUUAUGUGCUGGAUCCGGAGGGGGGGAGGUGGAAACGGGUGUGCGAUGAUGAUGGGGCGGAGGAUUGA